AUGUCAUCAGGAGCAUCCGAAGAGAAAGCAGAAGCAGGACCACAUCCAGAGGCCUCCUCUGUGGAAGAUGUUUCCAAUGCUGAUGGCCACCAAUAUUACUUCUACUUGGUGAUCCACAACAUCCAGAAGCGACCCAAUGUCCGAAAUCUACUUUGCACUGCCGCAGCAUUUGGCUGCCAUGGUGUCUUUGUAGUUGGCCAGAAGAAUUUCAACUUGGAUCCGAAGGGCCCUGGUAUACCUUCUGCCAUUCAAGACCACGUGUUUCCAUCCGCAUCUGCAUCCACAUCCACAGAACAACAGCCACCAAGAAAAAUGGGAAUGUUCCUGAGACAUUUUGACAAGUGGGCCGAGUUUGUCGAGUAUGUUCAGCAGCAAUCCAUUCGCUUGAUUGGGGUUGAAAUUCACAAGGAUGCCAAGCCAAUCGAUCAUUAUUUAGUUAGAGGGGAAAACAAUAACGACAACUCGCACAUUGCAUUUUUAAUGGGAAACGAGGGACAGGGGUUGAGUCAAAAGCAACAGGAUGACUGUGAUGGGUUUGUGAGAAUACCGCAGUAUGGGAAUGGAACGGCCUCUCUGAAUGUCAAUGUGGCUGCCAAUAUCAUUCUGCAGAGAGUCUACCAGUGGAAAACGAGUACCAUGGGAUAA